AUGUUGCUGCUGCUGCUACUAGUCGUCAGCGUCCUUCUCGUCCCCUGUAUCCGCUCCACGGCCCCCGGCCAAGACUCAAAGGCCACUCGCUUCGUCUGCACCUCGGUGCCGUUGGAUGCAGACCCCAGCUGCCCGGUGCCCGCCGUGCCCAUGCCAGUGAACACAGCCCAAGAGCAGGACCUUCGUGCCACCGUCGUGCAGCUGAGGGAGACCAUCCUCCAGCAGAAGGAGACCCUGGGCAACCAGAAAGAGACCAUCAAGGAGCUGACCAGCAAACUGGCCAGGUGCGAGAGUGCCCAGCUGGAUGCCAAGUACAAGGGCAGCCGCAGGAAACAGCACGACCAUGUGUCUGGCAAAGACACCAUGGGCGACCUGCCCCGCGACCACAGUCAAGUGGUGGACCACCUGGGCAGGACCAUCCAAGCGCUGAAAGACCGACUCGGGAGCCUCGAGCAGCAGCAGACACACCCCAAUUUUUCCAACCAUACUUUCCCCAGUGACCUCCGUGAACAGCUUCAGAGGAAGCUGGGGGAUUUGGAAAGUCAACUGUUAAAUAAAGUCUCUGAACUUGAAGAUGAGAAGUAUGUUCUUCUGAAUGAGACAGCAGCCCACCGUUACAAGACAGAGUCUGCCCUCAAUGCCUUGCAUGAAAGGGUUACUGAAUUAGAGAAAGAGAGUAGCGGCUUUAAGUCACCUGAUGAUUUCAAGGUGUCGCUACCUUUGCGAACUAAUUACCUAUUUGCCAGGAUAAAGAAGAGUCUCCCUGAGAUGUACACCUUUACUGUGUGCAUGUGGAUCCGCUCCAGAGCAUCGUCUGGUAUUGGAACACCUUUCUCUUAUGCUGUGACCGGACAAGCUAAUGAAAUUGUGCUAAUUGAAUGGGGAAAGAAUCCAAUUGAAUUACUUAUUAACAACAAGGUUGCCCAGCUGCCCAUUAAUAUUAAUGAUGGCAAGUGGCAUCAUAUUUGCAUAACAUGGACCACCAGGGAUGGUAUGUGGGAAGCUUUUCAGGAUGGCCAAUCACAAGGCACAGGGGAGAAUCUGGCACCUUGGCAUCCCAUCAAAGCAGGUGGUGAGCUGAUCCUAGGACAGGAGCAGGACUCAGUUGGAGGAAGGUUUGAUGCAACUCAGGCAUUUGUUGGAGAACUGAGUCACUUCAAUAUCUGGGAUCGCAUCCUCACUCUGGAAGACAUCAGAAGCAUGGCCAACUGUUCUGCUAACCUGGCUGGCAACAUCAUUCCCUGGAUUGAUAACAAUGUGGUUGUGAAUGGUGGAGCCAACAAGUUGCCACUGGAGACUUGCAAGGAGCGCUUGGUUAGUUCCUGA